AUGAAAACCUUGAAAUUAUGUCCACAAUUAACCAAAGACUAUAUUUCAUUUUAUGAGAACGAAAAGACGAGUGCGGAUGUCAUAAUUCGCGUAGGAAAGGAAGAGAAUGUUAAAGACUUUCACGCACAUUCCUUCGUCCUUGCUGUUCGAUCUCAAUACUUUCGGAACCUUUCGUUUGAUGAGAAUAAUUUCAAAGAAACUUUUGGUUUACUAUUAAUCUCGAAGGAAUUCGAAAUCAUCGAAUUAUUGGAACUAUUGGAGGAUCAAUUAUUAAACUCACCGAAUCAAAUUCAUCAAAAUUUUAGUACCACACUACAAUUAUCAUUGGAAUCAUUUAAUAAACUUUAUGAAUUCUGUUUGAAGACGAUUCAAGAACGACCCGAGAUCAUUUUUAAAUCCAAGGACUUUCACUUAUUAAAUGAGGAUACGUUAUUCACCCUCUUGCAAAAUCAAGGAUUAACUAUUAAAGAGGUUGAAAAAUGGGAAUCCAUCAUCAAAUGGGGGAUUCAUCAUAGUUUUACGACACCUACGAUUGAUUAUAACACGAGAAUCCCGGAUGUUACGUUGUGGACAAAGGAUAAGUUUAGAGAUUUGGCGAAGACGCUUCAAAAGUUCAUUCCGUUGAUCGAUUUUCAUAAGAUUGAACCGGAAAAUUUUUAUGAGGAGGUCAAACCAUUUAAAAAGAUUAUUGAUAAAUCACUUUAUGAUGAGAUACUUAAAUAUUAUAUAGUGUCUUCCAAAAAAUCCAAUGUGGACAAUCCUAAACCGGAGGUACCAACCUCAAACGUUCACAUAAGGUUAAGUUCGGUAUUAAUUGAAUUGGAUUGCUUUCAAUUACUUAUAAAUUGGAUAAACGAGACGAUACCAGGCACCUCUUUAAAUCGCUACAAGUUAACCUUAUUAUUAAAAGGAAGUGCGAAUGGCUUUACCGCAAAUACAUUUCAUGGGAUGUGUGAUAAUAGAGGCGCGACGUUAACGGUCAUUAAAAUCCGUGGUUCAACAGAAAUAAUUGGUGGGUAUAAUCCCGCUAGUUGGAAUCAAUCGUUAUACAUUAACGAACCACUUUCCAUAAUAAGGGAAAGUUUUGUAUUUAAAUUAAAUCAAAAAGAUAUUCGUCAAUCGAUCGUUGGUAGACCCGUCGCAGAUGCCGUUUAUACGAUUGAAAAUCAUCCUAAUAAUGGUCCUUGUUUUUAUGGUGCUUUGUAUAUUAAAGGAGGGAGUCAUGGGGAUUUCAAAAGGGACAUGCUUUGUUAUUGUGAUGGUGCGAAUUAUGGGGUUCAACUUAGAAAAACAAACAGUACAUUUAGUGUGGAUGAUUAUGAAGUUUAUCAAGUAAUCAAGGAAUGA